AUGGGUGGCAUUCCUUUUGGCGCUCUUGAGAACAUCAAGAACAAGGUCCAGGAGAUUAUCAAGAAGAAGUUGAACAAGAACAAGGCCGAGAAGCCCGCCGCGACCGAGACAACUGCCGUUGCUGCGGCCCCUGCUGCAGCUGACGCCACCAAGACGGAGGCCACGGCUCCUGCUGCGCCCACUAAUGCUGGCGCUUCGACUGCGCCUGGUGCAGCUCCUGCUGUCGAAGCCCCGCAAGUCACCGAAGCUCCCAAGGACGCUGCCGCUGAGGCUCCUGCAGUUUCUGCUGAGCCCGCCGCUGUUCCUAACGCCGCUCCGGUUGUUGACAAACCCGCCGCUACCCCCGCCCCCGCCGCCGCUACGGCCUAA